UUGCCGCUACAGACCGUCUACUUCCUGUGCAAGAUCGUGACGCCUCCGCCUGCUCCCGGAGGCAAGCGAAGCAUUUGCAAAGCGGGAAUCUUAAAGGCGCAGCAGGGCUUGUUGACCGUCGCGAUCUAAGCUGUUCUUGUCGGGGGUUGUUAUUGUUAUUGCGCAGAGUGAACAAGAGGAUCCCCCACUCCAUGCUGGAAUUUGUACCCAUAUGUUGUGGACUUAUGCGGUUGAAUGUGGAAUGCAACGUAAACUUAUGUAUUUAUAACACUAACUGAAUGGAUAUUCUGAGCAUGCAAGCACCACUUCAAACAUUACCAGCCCCGAGAGUGAAUUUUUUCUUCGUACAUUUAAAGAACGUGGCUGCCCCGCCCCCCCCCAAGAAUCGUGACAACUGUCGUUUGUGAAGGGUGCUGAGAAUUGUAGUUCGGGGGACGGACGGACUAAAGUUCCCAGGAUUCUUUGGUGGGAAAACCACGUACUUUAAAUGUACGCAACCACCCACGUGUACGCAGAUAUCAGGAAAGAGACUCGAAGAUGCUUUUGGUCAGGUGUGCGAGUAUUUGGGAUUAUUCGCCUAGCAAUAAAGCAUUAUUAUAACAGUUUUGUGGCAAAAUAAACCCUGAUGUUCCUCUUCUAAGAUAUCUCCAGGUAUUGAACAUUAAUGGUUUUGUGUGUCCAAGUUUUAAAGCAAAACCUUUUGACUUCCGCCAAAACCCCAGCCUUUGAUUCAGACUUCAGAAGAGACGGAAAGCGCGGAAGCUGGUCGAUUUUGCUUUCGAAAGGUUAGUGUGCUCUGAUCAAUAUGGUUUUGGCGAUUAAAGGAGUCCUUCCACCAUACAGGGGAAACUUCCUUGUUUGAAGCUGUCACCCUUUAUAUAUAUGCCCAGUGGUUGUUUUAGCCGGUCAACCUGGCCGUAUUAAACAUUUCAUGUUGUCAACCGCCCUGUGAUUUUCGGGUGAAGGGCGGUAGUACAUAAACUGAAUCAAUAAGAUACCAUUGCGCCCUUAUUUUUAUUUAUUUAAAAAAACCCAUGAUGGUAAAUACCCACACGUCCUGACGUACCAUUAUUUCCGAUUCAUGGAUGCCCUCUCUUCCUGGUCCCCCUGCCUCCAUUUUUGAUCCUCGCAACACCCCUGCGAGGUGGGUCAGCCGGAGCGAGAGGAACUAAGCCAGCGGCUUAGCCCAUCAACCGCAGGGGGGGGGGCCUUCCGUCGGCAGCGUAGCUUGGGGCUCGCGGGCGCGCCCAACCGGCGCCCCUUCCGGCACCGCCCGCCCGGCCGGCUCUUCUGCUUCUCCUCAGAGGCGACCAUGGUGGAAGUGAACCACCUUUUCCUGCACUCCGUGAGGGGAGGCCUCAAGAUUGCCCGCAUGCUUGUAGCUUUUAUGGCAAUCAUCUGUUUUGCAGUUAACAGAUCUCAUGAAGCAUUUUUAACACUCGUGAUCAUUGAAUUUGUCAUUACUUUAUUAUUCUUUUUACUAUAUCUGCUGAAUCUGCAGAAAACGCUGAAUUGCUUAUUUUGGCCCUUGGCUGAUGCUUUCAACUCCCUGGUGGGGGCGCUGUUUCUCUUCAUUGUGGGACUGACUGCAACAUUAAUAAAAACCAUACUUGAAACUUUGGUCGGAGGGGUGUUUUGUCUGAUCCUGUGUGGUCUCUGCAUAAUAGAUGCUGCUUUUCUUUUGAGGAAGAUUACAUUUAACCAAGGAGCACCACCGGAGGAUGAUAAUAACAAUUAGAAUGAUCAAUGGCCAAAGUCUAAUUUAUAAACAUUUGGAAAGCCUGUUGAACAAUAGGCUGCUCGUGCCAAAUUUUAUUUAUCUUUUUCUAAAAUCUGAAGAGCAUGAGCUAGCCAGUAACACAAGUCAAAUUGAUUUCAAAGGGAUAUUUUAAAGCAGCUUAACUUUCCCAGCAAAGUGAGCAGGAUUCCGAAAAUGCUUUUGUGCUCUUAGAUUAGAAGAAACAUAUUUAUGAAUGUUAAUAUACAGUAUUCUCAUGUACUUCUUUUCUAAACUUGUUUAUCUAUUCACUUGUAUGAACCAUCUUGAAUUAAGAAUAAUCCUGUGAAUUUUAUGGAAUACCAGUUCUAACCAACAUUACAUUUCAAAUGAUUAUCAGAUGCAGCUUUAUGAACUGGUUUGUGUUAAUGUUUUUAAUUAAAAAAGCUUUAUAUGUAAUAAUACUGAAUUAUAAGUGUACUGUAUAUUGUUGAGCACACUCCCAAUUUCCG